AUGGGAGUUCGUAUAUCACAUCCCGAAAGAUUAGUACAUCAAGCAGAUGAGAAUAGCCAAAAUUCCACGGAAUUCCAGAAAACUUCUCGACAACCGAGUAAAACAAAUGAGUUCCAGCGUAAUGAUAAUGCGACCAAACUGAUGCUAUCCGAGAAAACGUCCACUCUAAUGGGUGCAGAUUAUAUGAGCACGUCCACUGCAUCCACAAUCAGUUCACGAAUGAAACCACACGUUGGACUGUCCCCUCAACCUUAUUUACAUAAUUCCACUCGCGGAGGUACACGAGGUCGUGAUUUUACCCACUCGUGGUCAAGACUCUCUGGUAGUCCCAGCUAUAAUCGCACUGGUGCACACAGAGCUAGUACCCAAACAAAACCACCGUGGAAACCCUGUGUAGUGAAGACACAUUACGAUUACAGUCAGGCGGAGCGGCCUCAGUCGAGUUUGCGCCAAGCACCCAGUCCAGUUCCGCGACAACCCCGUCGUAUGAGACGGAUGGACAGUCGUCGUGUUUGUUCAACUUCACUGUCCUGUUUGAACGACAUUCACUAUCAGACAGGCGAGUCUCAUCUACGUCGAUGUUCUGCCGCAAGAAGAGCACAAGCCAAUAAAUCGGAAAUGUUGGACACAUUCAGUUUGGAAAACACUCAUACGCUUGGAAUAGUGGAAGGUACCACUGCAACACAUCGCAGUCGACAGCCGCGUCGAGUGAGAGGGAUGCGGGCGGCCUAUUAUCCAGCGAUGCUGCGUCGACAUCGACCAUAUCCCAUGACAGUAGCAAAUGCAUGCGGAGAUAGCCGUCAACAUCGGAGAGUCCCUUCAAACAUUUUGUCCGAUUCGUUGAUCACGGCAGCAAGCGAGUCGUCAUUCGAUAUCGAAUCGAUCGAUCCGUUCACCACCGUCCAAGAUGACACAUUCCCGUUGCGUUACGUGUUCUAUGUGGAAGAUAAACCGAAAUCGAUGCGCGCAUUCGCGAAUGCGGGCAAAGUGUCUCUACUGGCACGGGACACACAUUGUCGGGUCUAUUUUCAUGCACACAUUCAACGUUCCGCAAAUACCAAUCGGGUACUAGGUCAAACACAAAAUUCCGUGGACAGUACACAACCGGUGGAACCAGCUUUGUACUAUCACGGGAAACGUGUCUGCCCGGUCACUGUGGCCGCACCGAAUCUGCACGCUCUGUUACGUUUUGUCAAACAGUUAGAUUUGCUAUUUCCUGAAUUCGAAGCCAGUCGAUAUCUGUCGGAACAACUUGUCGCACCGAAGCGGUCGGGAUUGGAAACAGAUUCGACUCAAACUGAGAACGGGUGA